AAAAAAAAUUGGCACAGCUGUAAAAAAUUCUAAUUUGUGCGUCCUUCUUGGUAGGAAAGGAGGGAAAGUCAACAUUUUUCGUCUUCAUCAAAUUCUUUGCAAAAACUAAAAAUCGUGCAUGCUUUUUUUUCUCUGGAUUAAAAUUUAUACACAUUUGUUUGAUUUAAAUUUUUCUUUAAAACAAAUUGUUAUAUCCUCUUAAAAAUUGCACAACUCAAAUCAUUUCAAAGAUAACACAGACAAAAUUGAACAUAAAAUUCAUUGAAGAAAAAUACAUGAGAAAAAAUUGAAAAAAAAAGAUGUCACAAUCGUCACCCAUUUCCAAAACGACCAUUAACGAUUUGCGUCAAUUUCGUUUACAAAAAGCUGCUUCAAUAACUGAACGUAUUCCUGGUAAAAAACGUAUCGCCGUUCUGCCCGAUAGCGAUGACAGCGGCACUGAAACAGCAGCCGAUAAUGUUGCAAAGAAAACCAAAAUUGAACUUACAAUAUUGGACAAAGAACAGCGUUUCGCCGCUGCGGCAAAGAUUUCGCCACAAUAUGAUACAAUGGACAUUCAAGAUUCGCUGGUUCGAAAUAACUGGGAUGUUUCGAAAUCAGUGUCGUAUUUAAAAGAACAUGCAAAACCUAAAGCUCUUGGAGCUGUUAAAUUGGGUCCAUCAAAUUCUCAUUCGUCAUCGUCGACAGCGACAUCUGGAGGGAGUUCUACGACAAAUGGUAGUUCUCGUGGACAUCGUCCACCUAAAUCUCGUCGUCAUUCGCGGUCAUCGGACGAUGAUGAUGAAGAUUCGCGAGAUGGUUACAAGAAGCAACAGAAUGCUCUUGUUUAUGACAGUGAUGAAAGCGAUACAGAAUCUAAAAAUAAAAUGACCAAACAGAGGCAGGCUGUGCUGGACUUUUUCAAUAAAGCCGGCAGUUCUGAAUUGUUGACGGUUAAGACUUGCUCGGAUAGGAAAGUAGCAGCUAUUCUUGAAGUGAGGCCGUUCACAAGUUGGGGUGACUUGCGCAGAAAAGUACAAUCGCAUAAAGUUUUGAAUGGGGAAUUACUGAAUUACUGCCAAGAAUUGAUUAAUAAACAAAAUAAUGUUGCUGAAUUGCUGUCAAAGUGUAAGAAGUUGGUUAAGAAGCUGGAGGCUGCGGUUGAAGCUGGAGCAGGAAUCACAGAACAACCGAAAUUACUUAAUAAAGACUUUAAACUUGCAGACUAUCAAAUUAUUGGGCUCAAUUGGCUAACUGUAAUGCACAAUCAAAAAAUGAAUGGCAUCUUAGCCGAUGAAAUGGGUUUGGGAAAAACAAUUCAAGUAAUUGCAUUUCUGGCUUAUCUCAAGGAAAACAAUUUACAAAGAGGAGCUCAUCUUGUUGUUGUUCCGUCAUCAACCUUAGACAAUUGGGAAACAGAAAUACACAAAUGGUGUCCAAGUUUAGUUGUGGAAAAAUAUUAUGGAAAUCAAGAUGAUAGACGAAGAAUGCGAAUACGUUAUGCUAAAGAAGGAUUCAAAGGAUUUGAUAUUUUACUAACAACCUAUCAUCUUGUGUCUUCAACUCCAGAAGAGAAAAAGAUGUUUCGAGUUUGCAAAUUGCACUACGUCGUUUUCGAUGAAGCUCACAUGCUAAAGAAUAUGACAACAGCUAGGUAUGCAAAUUUGAUCACCAUCAAUGCAGAAAUGAGAAUUCUGCUCACAGGAACACCACUACAAAAUAAUUUGCUGGAAUUAAUGUCGCUCCUAUGUUUUGUUAUGCCGUCAUUUUUCGCCAAAAAGAUUGAUGACAUAAAAACGUUGUUUGUUAAGAAAGUAAAAAAAGAAACUGAAGACGCAUCACAGUUCAAUGAUAAUCAAGUGGAUCGUGCCAAGCGUAUUAUGAAACCUUUUGUUCUGAGAAGAUUAAAGAAGGAUGUGCUCAAGUGCUUGCCCAAGAAACAUGAUUACAUUCACAAAGUACCAAUGACAGCGACUCAAAAGGAACACUAUAAGGAACUUGUUGAAUACUACACAAAUCAAAGAGGUGAAAUCACUUCAUCGGAAAUUGCAGGUGUCUCCAUUAUGAUGGACAUGAGGAAGGCAGCUAAUCACCCGCUUCUGAUGAGACACUAUUUCAGCGAUGAAAGGCUGCGAUUCUUCUCAAAGCAGUUGGCUCUUACUGCGAGUUAUAAAAAGCAAAAUGAGCAGUAUAUCUUUGAGGAGCUGGCUGUGUUAUCUGAUUUCCAAGUUUGGCAAAUAUGUGACAAACACGGCCUUGAUGACGUAACAAUUCCAAAUUCCCUAAUUCUUGAUUCUGGAAAAUUCAAUCACUUGGACAAGCUACUGCCAAAACUGAAAGAAGAAAACCACCGAGUUUUGAUUUUCAGUCAAUUUACAAUGGUCUUGGAUAUUGUUGAAAGGUAUUUAGAAAUUCGUGGACAUGAAUACCUUCGUCUGGAUGGUAGUACGGCUGUCGAGGAACGCCAAGAUAUGAUCGAUGAUUUUAAUAAAGAUUCCCAAAUCUUUGUGUUUCUCCUGUCGACCAAAGCUGGUGGCGUUGGUAUAAAUUUAACUGCUGCCGAUACGGCAAUCAUUCAUGACAUCGAUUUCAAUCCGUACAAUGACAAACAAGCCGAAGAUCGUUGCCAUCGUAUGGGACAGACUAGAGAUGUCAGUGUGUAUCGGUUGAUAUCGGAGGGAACGAUCGAAGAGGGUAUGCUGGUGGUGGCCCAGGAAAAGCUCAAACUCGAGCAAGAUAUUAAUGCUGAAGGAGAAAAUGAUGUACAAGAGCAGAAAUGCAUGGUUAGAUUAUUACAAAUGGCCCUGGGCCUUAAUGACAGCGAAAAAGAAACGUAGGAAUGAUUUUUUAUGUUUCUUUUUUUAUUAUUUUCGAAAUUUUAUAUUGUUAAUACGCUAAAAAAAAACAACAUUUCUAUAUUUGUUAAGGAUGUUUAUUUUUUUUUUUAAUUAAGGUAAAAUUUUAACAUUAAGUUUUAUAUACGUUAAAUUUACAAUUUGAAUACAAAAAGAAAAAUAAUAAAAUCCCGUAUUUAUGUUGACAUAUUUAAACAAACACAGACACAGACCCACAAAAUUAGUUUGUUAUU